AUGCUUCCAGUUAGUAUGAAUUCUAACGAUACAACUAAUACAAAAUUUGUAUUAGAACGUAUAAAUCAAGCUGAAAAAUAUUUAGGUUCUAUAUGUACACAAUUUGGUAAAGUAUGCCGGAAAGAAGCAUCAUUACGUGAUUGUAAUGAUGCAUUUGUUCAAAAUAUAUUUGAAUUUUCCGAUCGUGAACGAAUAAAUACAACAUUAAGACAAAGUCUUCAACAAUAUGCUAGCUAUCUAUCGGCAGUAGAAGAUUAUCGUAAUACACUUAUUACACGGGUAGAAACUCAAAUAUUAGAACCACUUGCUAAAUAUGGUGAAAUUAUGAAACUUAAACGACAAGCAGUCCAAAAAGCCAUUAGUGCACGAGAUAAAGGUGUUCAACGACAACGUAAAUUACAACAAACAACAGAUCGGACUCCAGGAAAUCGAGAUGCUAUCGUUGCUAUGCAAGUUAAUGCUGAGUAUGCUCAAACAGAAGCAUCACGUGCUGAUAAUGUUGUACAAGAUGAAAUUGAUAAAUUCGAAGAAAUGAAGAUUACAGAUAUCAAAAAAUAUUUUACGGAUUUCACAUUGAUAAAUUUGGCAUUUCAUGCUCGUGCUAUGGAAAUGUACACAUAUGCACAUCAACAGCUAAUGAAUAUUAAUGUUGCACAGGAUUUAGAGGAAUUUCGUACAGCUGCACCAUUUCAUCGUUUACAUCCAUCACAACGAAGUGUAAGCGAAACAGCUCUCAAUGAUCCAAAACGUAAAACAACAGGGAAUCUUGGUGGUAAUCAUUCCGGUUCAAUGAGUGUCUUACCGAAUCAUCGUCAUAAUUCAGAAUUUGGUUCACAUUAUAGUUUACCAGUAGAUAGUAAUCCUUAUCGAAAUAAUAGUCGAAAGUCUCAACCAACAACACAAGGUGGUUUACAUAAUUCUGGUUCUACUCAUGAUCAUUCAUCAAAACAUACAACAGUUGCUAAAAAAACAUCAGGAAAAACCAAUCGUAAUGAAUCAAGCUCGAGUAAUUCAAGUGAUUCAGAUGAUUAG